AUGGCCAGUCCUGUCAGCCCGAGUAGGGAUCGGAAUCACCCUCGUUCCGAGCCUCUUCCUCCUGGCUACCUCACAUCGAUAUCUACCCGGAGACGAUGGAAUCAAGCAUUCAUAGAGCUGACAUACCUGUCUCGGCAGUGGCAGUGGUCCGGACCAUCUCCUCCCCUGUAUUCCUUUUGGAUGGCCUCCUCAGAAGUUGAUCAAAAGUUUCUCGGUUAUUUCGCAAAAGUCAUUACUACUGAUAAUAAUUACCUCUCCAGUUUCUUAUUUCGCGUGCUCGGGCUAUCAGUCAUCCUAGCCGAGAAGCUUCUGCGUGCUCGCAAAGCCAAGAAACUCGAUCCUGUGCGAGAUCCGCGAGCCCGUCACUUGAUUCACCAUAUCCUAUGGCUUGCCCGCGAAGGAUUGAUCAUGGUAGAGCAGUACGUGCUCCCCAUGGUCGGUCAGCACGACGAACUCCGCGUCUUGUCCCAUAAGCUGGUCGCAUCAUUCUAUCAUAUCUUUGUGCUUUUUCACAAUGACCCGCCCGUCAACAACCGGAUCAACCGUUCUCAAUCCGGCUCAUUUUCCUUAUUCCCAGACCCGCUCUCGCCACGCCUCUCCAAAACCUCAUCUCGAGACCCCACGGUUCGGUCUCCAUCAGGUCGCCAACGUUCCCCGGCUAUCAGCCUCGGUGGGCCCGUUGGCGGCACGGUCGCAGGAGCCAGCGCGACUGCGCGAACACCCCCUGGCCUGCCAGUUCCCCUGACUGCUCCAUACCCGCAUUCACCAACCAGUGUCAAUGGCAACGGCACUGCAACCUUUCUUCUCCCCCUGCAAGAAUGGAGACCCUUUGCCACAAGAGCCUUCGCCACGGCAAACGACCUUGCUGAACAGUUGCUUCCGGGCUCUCACCCUGUGCGUCUAUCUGUCAAGGUCGAGUACGUUGCAUACAUCUAUGACUGCCUCCAUGAAGCCGAGGCGAGCCGCAAGAUGGCCCAUCUGGCCAUCCGCCAUGUCUAUGAGGCCCAAGAGGGCAUGGAUGACGAUUCCUUCGAGGACGCCGCCGAGAUGGUGGGCAUUUUGGGCAAGAUGAUGAAGAGGGGCCUGGGAGGUGGUGGUAGUUCUGGCAGUCAGCAGGCGAUGCCUCAACAGGUUGGCGAUCAUGACUCGGACAAGGCUGCUCGAGGAGCUGGCUUCAAUAGUCCCGAGGGCGUCGUUGGUUCUGUUGGUGCUCCCACAGGUGUCAGUCCCAUGGCCCCGGGUCGUUCACGGCCGAAACCUGGUUCCGCCCGGGGCGGUAGCGGAAGCAGCAGAGGCCCAACCACCACCUGGGUCUGA